CGCGCUUUGUAUGCAGUGAAGAAUGAGGAAAUGUUCUCGCACUAUGUCAAACUUUUUUUGAAGCGGGGUCAAGUCACAUUCAGCCAGCGUGGGAAAGCAAAAACAAAAAAAAGUAGGAAAAGAAAGUGCUGCUGCUGCUUACACACGCAGUGAGGAAGGACAGGGAAAGAGAGAGUCUGGGAGGAGGAAAGACAUAGGAGAACAGCACUACCUCACAGCUUAUGGCUUUGCAAUGGGGACUGGCAGCUCAGCACAAUAAACUUUGAGGAAAAAUAAAGAAUAAUUGAUAAAUAGCCGUGUCAGCUCUGUGUUCUGUUACAAGCCUUCCUCACUGUUGCAGGAAUUUGCUGGGCUGAGGAUGGCUGGGCAGCAGAAGAGCUCAGAGCUGAGGCUACCUGUGUGGCCCAGAGAGAGGAGAAGUAUGACCAUGUGAGACAGCAGCUGCCUCUCUCUCUCUCUGUCUCUCAGUCACAAGGGGGAGUCAGAGCUGAUCUCAAUCCCCAGUGUUGCAGCCCAUCAUCAUCAUCCUCCCUCCAAGACACCCCAACUGCAAGUUCAAGCACCAAUCCAGAUGAUGUGACCAACCCAACCCCUCAGCUGGCCAGGGCUUCCUGCUCUAGCGUUGCUAGCUCUUCAAGUGAAUCUGUGCGCGCCUGUCUGAGCAGUUGGCUCCUCAUCUACCCUAAUCCCCUGGGUGCCGAACCGCUAAAGCGCUACUCUGCACUCUCCUGCUCUCCAUCCUCACUGUUUGGGCAGGCUCCAAGCCCUCCAGCAGCCUGGAAUAAAACACACCACCUAGCGGUCAGAUUCCCCAUCACGAUUAUGGAGAAGGACAGCCUGGCCGAUCAGCAGUACGAGUGUGUGGCUGAGAUAGGGGAAGGGGCGUAUGGCAAGGUGUUUAAGGCCCGCGACUUAAAGAACGGAGGUCGUUUUGUGGCUCUGAAACGAGUGCGGGUGCAGACCGGGGAGGAGGGCAUGCCGAUGUCUACCAUCCGGGAAGUGGCAGUGCUUCGUCAUCUGGAGACCUUCGAGCAUCCCAAUGUGGUCAGGUUGUUUGAUAUAUGUACAGUUUCACGGACAGACAGAGAGACAAAACUUACACUGGUGUUUGAACAUGUUGAUCAAGAUUUGACCACUUACUUGAAUAAAGUACCAGAUCCUGGGGUCCCAAAUGAAACUAUUAAGGAUAUGAUGUUCCAGCUUCUUCGAGGACUGGAUUUUCUUCAUUCCCAUAGAGUGGUGCAUCGAGACCUAAAGCCUCAAAACAUUCUUGUCACCAGCAACGGACAGAUAAAACUAGCAGACUUCGGCCUUGCCAGAAUUUACAGUUUUCAGAUGGCACUCACAUCAGUGGUGGUCACCUUAUGGUACAGAGCCCCAGAAGUCUUACUUCAGUCAAGUUACGCCACGCCAGUUGAUCUUUGGAGUGUUGGCUGUAUAUUUGCAGAAAUGUUUCGGCGAAAGCCACUUUUUCGUGGAAAUUCAGAUGUUGACCAAUUAGGAAAAAUCUUUGAUGUUAUUGGACUCCCAAAGGAAGACGAGUGGCCCCAUGAUGUGGCUGUUGCAAGGGACGCCUUGCAUUUUAAACAGCCUCUGCCCAUUGAAAAUGUUGUUCCAGAUAUAGAUGAGCAAGGCAAGGACUUACUUAUUAAAUGCUUAACCUUCACUCCAGCCAACCGCAUCUCUGCAUCAGGCGCUCUGUCCCACCCUUAUUUCCACGAUUUACAGAAAUACAAAGACAAUGUAGACUCUCACAGGCCAAGCGGCCAAAAGGGGGUGGAUAAAGUUUCUGCUGGAAACAAGACCAAUUGAUGUAGGGGAGGCACAUGGACACAACCCAGUGGAUGUGAAACUCCUCACGGAACCUUUUCUAUUCCCACAAGAAUCUCUGGAACACUGCUACUGUUCCUCCAAUCAAUGCAAGCCAAGUGCAGCUUACUUGUUUGUUUUGUGUAAAAUCUGGAUGAAUUCCAGUUAAAAUCAAAGCUGCUGAUUUUUUUUUUGCUGCUUACUUACAGUCCAGCAUUGAAGCUGCCGUAUCAGUUAGAUGAAGUCAGCCACUGCCAUAACAGGAUGGACUCUCAAUAUACAGCUGCUAAAGCCAAACUGGCUACCUGCUUUUAGGGGCUUCAAACUUAUGGGCCCUUAGUUGUAGAGAAGGAGAUAAGUAGCUUGUUGAUGACAUAUAGUAGUCAGUAUAGUAGUCAUUAUGGGAACUAUUAUUUUAUGUCAGUGUUACCCAACUUGCAUCAUUUUAAUUGUUGAAGUGCAAAUCCCAGCACAAAAAAAAUAAAUCCCUAAUUAUCAGAGACUUCAGCAGGACAUCUAGUAAGUGUUAGUGACAAAUAAACUAAAUUAAUUAGGGGUGUUUUUACACACUCACACAGAUUUAUCAAGGGUCGAAUUUCGAAUUGAAAAAAGGUAGAAAUUCGAAUUCAAAAAGACCAACUGAAAUUAAGUCAAAGGUUUUUUUUGGGGUCGAAUAGGUCAGUCUUCGAUCGAGUAGGUGGAAUUUAGGUUUCUAUUCAAUGGGAGCUGCUACAUGGACAAAGAAAUUCUAUUUUCACAUAAGAGUUGUCAAAUCUGCAACUUCCAGCUGAGGCUGAACUACAGCUUUUCCAACACUGUUCACCGUCGGCUUGCUGGAAGAUUUACUUCAACAAAAGAUUUAGAUGAGCACACAAACCUAUGGCGAAAGCUGCUUCCUAGGAAAGCAAUGUAUUUUGAGCUAAAAAGGGUGGGCCGGCAUUUUUACUGUAUAAUGCACCCCACCUAUAAACAGAAGAUACAAAUUCCUUUUAUGUGAAUUUGUUUGCUGAGCAAUGAAGAUUCCAGAAGGUUGGUUUUAAAUUAAGUGGGUAUUUAGCCUUUCGUUAAAAUGUUUUAUGGGUUAUUAAAAGAACAGCAGGGCAUCAUCUUUGCAAUGUGCUGUUUUACAAGAUAUGGAAAAUGCCUCAGAUGUAGCAAGCAGCAAGGCAGCUCCAACGUUCUGAGACUUGUUCAACAGCAGGCAAGGUUUGCCCUAUAAAUCGUUUGCAUUACCCCAUAUAAAGAAGAAUGCUGAGCAAAUGGAAAUGAAUGUACCAUAAUCAUACUGACAUAAAUCAUAUUUGCUAACCUUCAAGGCAGGUAAAUAAACCAAGGACCCCAUCCGUUGCUUUUCAGGUGCUACAACCAUAUGAAUGUGCUGUAACCUUCCAGUGGGUCCAUAGAAUGCAUCCUUGCAGUAACAUUAGCUUGAACUAGAAGGCCCUUACAGACCCCUCAGAUUUCUGAGAUCAUGCACCAUGAUGCCAAGAGAGCACAAAGCUAAGUGGGAUUUGGGUUUACUGUUGGGUACAGACAUCAUGGGGAAUAUUUAUAAAGGUAUAUCCAUUGAAAAGAUGGUGUAAAAAGUUGUGCACAAUGAAUGGCACUCAUAUAAAGCUCUGUUUUAAAAGCCAAUUACACCAUUUAUAAAGUUGUGCUUUGUUUCAAUGUCGGGCUAAUGUAAAAAUGAUGUCAUUACUUUACAGACCUCAGACCUGUUGUAACCCAUUGAAGUCAGUGGUGCAAAGAAAUUGUGUCUUGAAUAGGGGUGUUAAAGUGGCACAACAACUCCUCUUUUUACUCUAGACCAGGGAUCUCCAACCCUUUUCACCCAUGAGCAACAUUCAGAUGUAAAAAGAGUUUGGGAGCAACACAAGCAUGAAAAAUG